AAAUUUACAUUACUUUAUAUGGAGUUUUAUUUGUCUCUCUAGAAAAAAAAAAAAAAUGCGGAUGUGAAUUUCACUACGCGAGAGUAAAUUCUAAAGGGGCGAUGAUCAGGAUUACAGACUUAAAACCUAAUUGAUGCUUUAUGACGGAAAUUCCAGUACAAGAAUACGGCACUGGAUUAUGUGACGCCAGCUUUUAUGGCGGUGGAUUUUGGAACUAAAACGUGGCUACAAAAUGGAGGCAAGGAACAGUCUGUGUUAGUGUACAGUUCGGUGAUUCUUUUUUCGUCACGUGAUCUCGGUUUGAAGUUAUAACCACGUGGUCUCGGGAGUGUCGAAUUUUCUUCAAACCGCGUUCGUUUCUUAAUCCAGUAUUUAACCUAGUAAUUUAUCGAAAGUAUUAAAAAUUUUUCUUUCCACCACGUGGUCUCGGGAGUGUCGAAUUUUCUUUAAACCGCCUUUGUUCUUUAACCCAGUAUUUAAUUUAGUAAUUUCAAAAUUUUUUUUUAUUCCUUUCCACCACGUGGUCGCGGUAGUGUCGAAUUUUUUUUAAAUCACGUUCGUUUCUUAACUCAGUAUUUAACCUAUUAAUUUAAAAAGUAUUAAAAUUUUUUCUUUCCACCACGUGGUCUCGGGAGUGUCGAAUUUUCUUUAAAUCGCGUUCGUCCCUUAAUCCAGUAUUUAAAAUAGUUUUUUAGCAUCGUAUUUUCGGGAGUGAUCGAUAUUCUUGAAAUCGCGAGUGAGUGUUUUUUUUUCUUCAAUCUGGAAAACAACGUUCAUGAACAUCACUGGAAUGGAGGUCGAGCAUUUAUUUUUACAACAGUGCAGUAGAAGUGGAAUUCCGUGCUUUUAAUGGAGAAACGCUGCAUCGCAUAGUACAAGAUUUUCCUUCAUCUCUCAUGUCAUUCAUUGUUCAGCAUUUGGAUUACGAUGAAUAUUAUGUCGAAUAUAAAAAUCAGCAUCAUGAAGCAUAUCGUAAAUUCAAUGAUUUCGUUAAAAUUCGAAAAAGGGAACAAAUUUCUACAUCGAAGUGAUUCUAUAUUACGUCCACUGGCACUUAUGCUUUUCACUGUAUACACCUGACGUCAUUCCUUUGGGUGUGCCGCUCACGAUGACUCGAUCUCCCACCCUCAACUGCAACGCAACCAAUUUCUAUCCCAGCUUUCCUCAUUUGAUGGACUAUUUGGCAGAAAAUCAAGCUUUCGGUAAAUGAGAAAUUUAAGUCAUUAAAACUCGGUCUCCUUGUAAGGAUUAUUUUCCAAAAAUUUGGAUUUUAACCUAGAGGAGGGAUCUCCGGGGAAAAAUGACUUAAAGAUUAUUAUCUGACCGGGGUUGGUCGUCCUACGUUCGAGGGAAUUAAUUAGAAUUGGUCUUCUUGGUUUCAAGGAUAUGGAUAGCCUUAUCUGCGGACGAAAACUGCACCGGACGUGGUCACAAUGCCAGGAUCACCAAUACAAGGUUUCAGAAUCGAUGUUGGACCAUUCUGCUGUAUACAACUGAUUAAAAAAAGUGUUUCUUCGUUGAAGGUUUUUUUUUUUAAACUUAGAAAAUGAGGCUACUACACCACUUCGCACAGAGGACACGUACUUCAUUUUCCACAAUAGUAAUCCUCAUCUCGUCGAAACCCAAACAAAAUUUGUUCAACCACGAUCUCUCGUCGCAUCGAACAUGCACAUAUACACCAGCGACGAUUCAAAUCGACAUGGAAAUGAGUCUCUCUUGAAACUACACGUGUUCGUUCAAUCGUUACCGCGGGCAUCAGGUACUAAACCAAAGAAGCUUAUUUCUCUUCCAUAAACCAAAGAGACUUAAUAUAGUGAGUGGCGAAAAAAAAAAAAAAAUGUGUUCGUAUAGUCAACGAUGACCAAAAAAAAAUCCGUGCCAAAAAUCAAUUUCUAUUAUUCGUACCAAAGAAUUUUGAAAAAAGAAAAAAGAAAUUAAGUACUCAAAGUACCUGACAUUGGAACAUUUAUUGUUUUUUGCAAUAAAACAAAAAAAAAAGAGUGACUAAUAAUGAAGAAAGGGAUGUGAUUGGCAUUUUUUUAAAGAGUGGGGGAAAAUUGUUUUGUUUUUUUGUUUUUAUUAUCCGUGAAUAUCGGGCAUAAAAGCCCGGUGUGUGAUGGUCUCGGGGUGGUGCCCGUGCGUGCCUUUAGGGCGCCGGGAGUCGCCGCCCCCGCAACAAAAUACUAAUCGGAAUAAUAGUUCAUCUCGACGUGGACCUUUUACCAUCAGCGCCGCUACAGAUCGGGCAGAAAUGGUCCAGAUGUUCUACUACGAGAAUCGUGGCAAAUGCUGCAAAAAACUUCUACGAUACAACGGAUAUCCCAACAAGGUACUUCUAUUUCCAGAAGAAGGUUGGGCGAGAAGUGCAAGUAGUUCCUAUUGGACAUUGACGCCAUUUUGGUGGAGUCGAAGUCGAUGCAAAGUAGUCGAAGUGGCAGGUACAAGAAGGUACAGCACGCAAGCAAAAAUGGUCGAUACAGGAACUGGAACGUUGUAUAUUAUUGGAUCUUUUAAACGAAUGACAACUGAUCCUGAUUUUAAGUUGUACCUGACAUCGAAUGUGUCAUCGAGUGACUUUAAUAUGGGAUACAGUAUGACGGGGACAUUGGAACGUGGUUGUAAAAAGACGAAUUCUUUUCAAAUGACACAUUUUGCAGUGAUUCGAAGACGUGAUUAUGAGAAGGCCUACGAGGAUCCAAAUCCCACCUAGUGCCCGUCCACACCCACACUAUCCGAAUGUGGGAAUUACGAACACUACACGUAGGGUGCCUCUUUUCUAUUUCUACUUUUUUUUAAUACUCACACAGACCCUUAAUAUUAAAUACCUUGAAAAUUCAACUAUCAAUUGUUUUUUAUUUAAUUUAUUUAUAAAUUUUUAAUCAUUUUUUAAAAAUAAUUUUUCAUUUAAAAUUUAUUUCUUUAUUCUACUAAAAAGCUUAUUGAAACUUGAAAGUCUAUAAGCUGAGAUUAAGAAUUUUUUUUUUUAAAUAAAUUAGAUUUAAGAUAAUCAUGUUAAAAAUUUAUUAAGUUCUAAUUUUUUUUUCUUGAUUUUUUUUUACUUUUGAAAUCUUCUAUAACUGGGAACAUCAAUUUCUUUUUUUUCAUACAAGAGAGGUAGAAAAAAAAGAAGAAAGAGAGAUUAUUUUCAAGCUUCAAAAGUCCUAAUUGAAAUGAAUCUGUGAAAGGGUCAAAUGAGAAACGAGAAUUGAAUCAUAGGAGAAAAGUUUUGUAAUUGAGACCUCAGAAACUCUUGCUUCAAUCUGUCAGUGAAUGGAAUUCAUUAAAGUCAGGGAUGUACGAAAACUUGUCCCCGCAAAAAAAAAGAAAAACUUGCUCAAGGAAUAUUAUAUUUUUAAUCAAUUUUACCACUUUUAAUUUACCCUAAAAAAAAAUAUUUUUUCAUCUCAUUCACAUUCUUGACACAUCAGAAACGAGUAUUUUUAUUUAAUAAUUUAUUAAAUUUAUUAUUAACAACCAACCCCACUAGUAAUUAAUUAAAAAUAUUAAUGAGUAAUUAAUUAUUAACCUAUAAUUAGUGAGUAAUUAGUUAUUAAAUAUUAACGUUAAUUAGUAAUAAAUUAGUUAUUAUUAAUAACUAAUUAAUUAUUAAUUGGUAGUAAAUUAAAUAGUAACUAAUUAUUAACUAAUUACAAAUUAUUUAGUAACUCAAUUAUAAAGUACUCGAUAAAUCGAAUCAGUAUUAAAUAAACUGUUUUUUAUGUUUGUAAAACAUUUUUAAAGAGACAAUUUAAAAAAAAAAUUCAGCAAAAAUAAAAAAAUAAUUUUCAAACUUUAGAUAUUAAUUUUGUAAAAAGUAAAUUUUAGUAAAAUAACAAAUUUUUACUAGUCAAAUAAUAAUAAUAAACAUACAAGUUACACCAAAUUACAAACAAAAAAAUCGAGUAAUUACCAUUAAAUUCAUUAAAAUAAUUAAUUGUUUUAAGAAACAAUUAAUAUAUUUAAUGAAGAAAAAUUAUUAAUAAGGAAACGACUAUUAUUAUUUUUUUUUAUCUUUAAGAAAAAAAAAUGUGAAAGACUUGUCUCUCUGUAUUUAGACUGAAUUGACGAGGCACCUUACGAAAGAGCGAUACGUCCAUGGUAGUUUUUAAAUUAUAUGAAUUAAUUAGAUCGUAAUUUUGCGAUAAUUAUUAUAUAAGAAAAUUGAGAAGAAUAUAUAUAAAAUAAUCGACUUGUAAACGCUGAUAAUGACAAAAACGAUACCUAAGCGAUGAUGUAUAAUAAAUCUUAUACAAAAAGUGAUCCGAGUCUUUACCAAAGUACUAGUUUUUAAGUAUUUAAAAAAAAAUUUCCUCCGUAAUUAUUCGUGUACGUCGUUUCCUAACAAAAAAAAAAGUCUCAUGGUACGUGUGAUAAAGCUAAAAAAUCUCCUUUUUCCCCAAAAAAAAAGCAAAAAGGAGUGUAUAAAAAAAAAGUAUUAUUCUCUCGAGAAUUUUUUUUCUACAUUCCGAGAAGAAUAUCGAAAUCUUUCAAAAUUUUCAUUCAUCUCAUAAAAAUUACAAUCUUAUUAUAUGAAAAAAUAUUUUUCAAAAAUCUUUCAAACCUUCAUUUUGACGAAAAAAAAAGUACAUAAAUUAAUUUCGUUUCUUUUUUAAUGAUCAGAGAAAAAAUAUUUAAAUUUUAGAGGAAAAAAAAAAAAGAAAUUGAAAGAAAAAGUGAAAGACUUCGAUAAACGAUUUUGCAUGCUCAUCAUGUCAAUGUACGAGAUAUUUAAAUUAUAUGAAAUAUUAAAAUUAUAUUAUAAAAAAAAAAAAUAUGCGUUACUGUGAAACCUCUUGAUCGGGAUCAUCUCGUUAACAAUAGGGCAAUGUUACACGAUAUUUAUUUUUGCUAAAACGUAGUAGAAACUUAAAUUAUCGUGUCAAGAGUUUGUGAGAGUGAGAGAAAAGAGAGAGAGAGGUUGUGUGCUCAAUUGUAAUUAAUUGCUUGAAAAAAUAAUUAUUUUUUAUCUUAAGUAUAGAUCAUUACAAUUUCUAUUUACUUAAAGAAAAAAUUUCCAAUAAAUCCAAAAAAAAAUUUUUAUUUUUAAAUUUUCUUUUUUGAAAAAAAAAUUUGUUUCAUAUGGAAAAAAAUAUUGUAAUAUAAGGCUUAAUUUCAGUGCAAUACUCAUUAAAUUUGUAUAAUUAAGUUUCUAAAAUUAAGAUAUGUAAAUAUACGUUCAUAUUAUGAAUUUUUUUUUUUAAUUUAUUUUUUGAUAUAUUGCAAUCAGCUUUUUGCUCAAUGAGAAUAAAAAAAAAAGAGUGGAAGUUCAAAUAAAAAGUAUUUUUUUUCGCCUAAUUCGUGUGUAAAAAAAAUUAUCUCCUUUUUUUACCGCGCGUAAAUAAUUCUGUGGCCAUCUAUAGGUAAGGAAUUUUUCUCAAUGUUUUAAACGCAUUUAUGUAAAUAUAUAAAAAUAAGCGAAAUAUAUAAAAUAGAUUCAAUUUUAUAACCAUAUAUAAAUAUAAAUGUAUAAUGUAGAAUCAAUUAAAAGGUUCAACAAUUUUUAAAGUGGCGUGGAAAAAUGACAGGGUUAUAGACAAUUUCCCUCAAUUCGAGAAUCUCGAAUUUUUCACACAUAAAAAAAAAUCUCUCGAUUCUCGGAUUUCUUUCUUUCGUUUUUUUUUUAGAUGUUAAAAGUCGCAAAAAAAAAUUCUACAAAUCUUUCGAAAAAAAAAAAUUCUCAAUGUCUAGUGUAGUGUAGAUUUUUCGCUUUUCUGAAAAAAAAAGAAAACUUUUUUCCUAGUUCAAAAUUAAUUUUUUUUUGCUUUUUUGCGAUAAUAGUUUGUUUUUGUUUUCGAAACUAAUUUUUCCGUUUUAACAAUCUAGAAAAAGGGUGUGAAUUUUUUUGUCUUUUAAAAUUUGGGUUUUUGUUUUAAAUUUUCCAAAAUUGUAUUUUUUUUUUAUUAUAGCGUAAAGUACAAAUAGUGAAGAUAGUCUUUUUUUCAUUUACGAGGAUCUCAAAAAAGUGAAGGGACAUAAAAAUAAUGGGGCACCAUUGAAUCGUUAACAUUCCUGGUCGUAGAGAGAAGAAUGUGAUCUUUUUUUUUUUUUUUUAAGAGAACACAGAAUUAUAGUUGUCCCGUAAAUACUUUGGUGUCUUUCUUUUUCUUUUUUUAUUACGUCCCGUAGGGUAAAAAUCGUUAAACUUUUAUUAAAUAAGUUCGUUUGCAAUCCAGGCAGUUUAUAUAGAAUAUAGUUAUUAAUUAUUAAUAAUAAAUAAUAAUUAAUAAUAAUGAAAAUAAUUUAUAAUUUUAAUAAUAUACAAUAAUUAUUAUUGUUAAAUUAUUAAUAAUUGCAAUUUAUUAUUAUUAUUUUUUAUUUUUAUUAUUAUUAUUAUUAUUAUUAUUAAUAUUAUUAUAAUUAUUUAUAAUUAGAUAUAUUUAACGCUACCAAGCUCGCGAUUUAUAUUUAUUGCUAAUAAUACGUCCUUUGAAUAAUUUAAACUAUGCAUUUAUAUAAAAAAAAAAAAUGUGUCACGCGAGGCAAAUUAACGAAACGCUAUACAAAUAAAGUAGUCACGAUUUUUCCCAAAUUAUUAUAUUUAUAUCGAACCACUAAUUAGUCACGCUUAACUUCUUUAUUAUUUUAGUUUCCCGUCCAUUUUAUCUUUAUAAUUAAUUGUCAUUUUCAAUUAUAUUUUAUAUUCUCUCUCGAUAAAAAUAAACCGUUUACAAAUAAAUAUAACAAAAGAAAACUAUAAUAUUGUCAAAAAUAAUUAAUAACAAUUUCUAUAAAUAUUUCAAUAAUUAAUUAGCAAAAUUAUUAAUUAAUUUUAUUACUGAACAUAUUUAUUAAUAAUUUUAUUUAUUAUAUUUUUAUUUUAUUAAUAAUUAAUUUUAUUAAGAAAUAAAAUAAUGAUUAAAAGGACCGGAUCUUAAAACGAUAUCAAAAUAUUCAAUCAAAAAUUUCGAUAAAUAUGAAUUAGUUUGCAAAAUAUUUUUAAUAAAAUUAUUAAUAAUUUGCAGAAUUUUUUUUUUUUUGGUAAAUUUUAAUCUCGUGUCUAAAAAUAUAUAGACUAAUUGAUGUGAAUUUAAUCGUGAAAAAAAAUUACAAAUUUUUCUCGAUAGUUGCUUGAUUCUGGUAGUAAACUAAUAAUAAUAAUAAAUAAAUAAAUAAAUAAAUACAAUUUAAAAAAAAAACAGUAGAAAAAAUCGCGUCCACAAUUUUUGGAGUAGUUUUAUUAGCCUCCUAGGAUGAUUUAAGUGAAAUAACGUCCGAUAUCACGGUCCCUCCUAACUAAUUAGCCGUAGCUUAGACCCAAAGAUGCACGCUCUCUUCAAAUUUAAAAAUAAAAAAAAAUAAAAAUAAAUAAAAAUUACAAUCUAUGUCAGCUGCACGCGGGUCUCUAGUCUUUUUCACUAUUUCUCAUUUCUCAUCAUCCCAAGUCAAUCAUUUUUUUUUUCUUUUACAAAUUUUAUUUAUUUAUAAACAAUAAAAUUGCCAUUAAAUUAUUAUUCAUAUGUUAAUUUAAUUAUUUCAUUUUUUUUCAAUUUUAAAAGAAAUUUCUUUUAGCAAAAAAAAAUUUUUUAGUAAGAAAAAAUUAAUUAAAUUUUAUAAAAAUUUUUGAAUUUUUCAAAAAAUUUUCAUCAUAUAUUGACAAAGAUGAUUAAGAAAUGAGUGAAUUCAGUCCUUGAAAUACGUAGAAAAUAGAUCGUACAGUAGAAUCUAGAGCUGUAAAAGUCGAUGUUGUCUCUCAAAAUAUUGUGCAUUUAUAACUGAGCAAUAAUAAAAAAUUUUGUGAUUUUUUUUUUUUUUUGAUUUUUUACUCGAAGUGCAUAAAAAUCAUCGGUCGAUUCUUUGUCAUCACACACUCUCUUAGUACGAAACUUUAUUUUUUGUAAAGGGCAAAGAUUAUCGACAUGUGAUUUCAAUGCUUACUCGUAAUCAAAUUUACAAUCGCUCGUAACAAUAUAUUUAUUAAUAUUAUAAUAAUAAUUGGAUCGCGAUAGUCGUUUAAUCGGAAAUAAAAAAAAAAAACAAAAAUUAAUUAAUAUUAAAAUAAAUUAUUUUUUUGCAAUUAUUAUGUAUAAUUAUAUAAUUUUGAUACAAUUAUAAUUUUCUAAUUAGCAAUAAAUAAUUAAUUUUAUUUAUCAUUAAUAAAUUAAAUUUAUCAAAAUUUAUUUGUAAUUUUUUUCUAUUUUUCUCUUUUUUUAAAAUAAUAAGAAUGAAAAAUUCAAUUUAAAAAAUAUCAAUGGAAUUUCAAAUUUCUUUAAAAAUAUAAAACGACUAUAAAAAUUUUUUUUUUUAAAUUCAAUCUAGUGGAUGUGCGUAGUCGAUUAGCGAAUAGUAAAAAAAGUGAGUUUUAUGAUUACUAAUAAACGUUAUAAUUACACUGGUCUUAAAAAAUACGAACAAGACAUUCGUAUUCAAAGCUACGGCUGUGAUCCUUAUUAUUAAACGUAAAGCAGUUCACACUACAUUCGACACUAAUUAUAAUACAUAGUUAAUAGGCAUAUAUAGCUAUAUUAUAUUAUUAUAAUAAAUAUAUAAAUAUAUAUAUAUAUAUAUAUAUUAUACAAAUGAUAUAAAUAUUUUCAAAAUCGUUACGUUAAAAAUUUCUCAUUCCAAUCUUCGUUUCAUGUUUUUCGAUAUUUUAUAUUAUAUUUUUAAUAAAUUUUUCGUAAUCAAAAAAUUGAGAAUUAAUUAUUUAGUGUUAUAUCACAUGUAUCAUUAAUUAAUGUUAACUAUUAUGAUUCAAGUUUUAUUUUUAAAAUUGUAUAUCGUUUUAAUAAAAAAAAACUUCUUUUUGUAAUAAAAAAUUAAUUAUAAAAAUUAUAUUGAUAUUAAAAAAUAUUGUUUAGUGGUAAAAAAAAAAUAAUUCAUCGACGUAAUUAAUAGUAAAUUGAUGUAAGUACUUUUAAAAAUUAUACUUUUUAACAAUUAUAUAUAAGAACAAUUGGUGAAAAUCAUUGUCAUUAUGUAAAAAGUAUACAUUUAUUAUAUAAUAUUUAAAAAAAAAAGCGACAGUUUUUGUGAAUAAAAAAAGAAUCAAACGGCAAUUUUUUCGAACAAUCUUAAUCAAAAUUGUAAAUAGUUGAUAAGAUAUGUACUGAUUUAAUUUAUAUUAUAUAGACAAUAGGUAAAGCUUUUCAAAACUUCGAGAAGGAUUUGAUAAAAACAUUUCUUUCAUAUUUAUAUAAAUAAUAAACAAAAAAAAAACCUUUUCCCUUUUUUUACAAUAAAAUACAAUAAAUUUUUUUCGAUAAAAUUUUUCCAUUUUUGAUAAAUAAUAAUUCUGUUCGAUAAAUGACUCAACUUUUUUUUUUACAAGUGUCUACAUUUUUCAUAGAUCUUCCAUUUUUUUAAAAAAGAAAUCGAAAAUAUUGUCAAUUUCUAUAAUUAAUACUAAUUUCUUGUUUCUAAUAACAAAUUUUAUAUAUUAAUCAAUUAAAAUUAUACAAAAAACUGAAUUUUUUUUUUAUUUUAAAUAAAAAUUUUUAGUUUUUCAUUUUAAUAUUUAAAUUUCUUUCUCGAAAGAUUGGAAAAGCACAAACACACAUUAAAAAAGAAAUUGAUAAUCACUGGAGUCAAAAUGAGUGAAUUGAGUGUGGAUCAAUAUAUAUAAAUAUAUAUAUAUAUUAUAUUAAUAUGGGAUCAAACUCGGUUAUUUUCUGUUUUAAAUAGAGAUUCAAACACCAAAGAAUGUCAUAAAAGAAAUUUAAAAAAAGCAGAAAAUAUCAGAGACUGAAUCUUUAAAAAUGAUGAAAGUGCGAAUAAUAAUAAAAAAAAAAAUACCAAAAAAAAAAAAAGAAAAAAUGAUGAGAGUUGUGGAAGAGACAUCGAUGUAUUUUCACAGUCCUGUCUACAGUCAAUUCGUUUUGUAAACUAUACUUAAUCUAUGUAUCCACUGUCAAAUUUUUGCCAAAUAAAUGUUACAUUUACGCAGGCGA